GCGCGGCGACUUCGGAAACAAGCGGCGUUUCCCCGUCACGUGGGCUCCCGUUUGGUCAUGUGAUAUUGCAAAUGACAACAAACUGAACUGACAACAAUUCUGCGUAGAAGUAGCCUUAGUACGAAUGACACGAUGAAGGGACUAGAGUCCUGUGCGUUUAAUUUUGUGGCCAUGCAUUUGGCUUUAAGUGUCGUUUGCUUGUCAUUAGCAGAGGCGUUAUAUCUUCGAUCCUUUCCAGAGCAAGAAGGACAAUUUUGGCAUAUAACUGACCUGCAUCUGGAUCCAACCUACCACAUCACUGAUGACCAUACAAAAGUGUGCUUCUCCUCCAAGGGGUUUCCAGCCAAAAAUCCAGGGGUCUUUGGUGACUAUAUGUGUGACUCACCUUAUUUACUCAUCCAGUCUGCCUUUGAUUAUAUGAAAAAUGUAGAUCCACAGCCAAAAUUUAUAAUUUGGACUGGAGACAGUCCACCACAUGUUCCUCCAAAGGAGCUUUCCACUGAUAUUGUGAUAAAUGUUAUACGCAACAUGACUAACACUAUUCAAGAAUUCUUCCCAGAUCUUCAGGUCUAUCCAGCAUUAGGAAACCACGAUUACUGGCCUCAAGAUCAGCUACCAGUUUCAACAAAUAAAAUAUAUGAAGCUGUUGCUGAACUUUGGAAACCUUGGCUAGCACCUGAAGCUCUAAACACUUUGAUUAAAGGUGGCUUUUACUCACAAAUGAUUGACCAAAACCUUAGAAUAAUAAGUCUUAACACUAACCUGUACUACAGUCCAAACCAUGAGACUUUAGGUUUGCCAGACCCAGCUGGACAAUUUGAGUGGCUGGAAGAAGUGUUACAAGCAUCCUUAAAGAACAAAGAGAAGGUAUAUAUCAUUGCUCAUGUUCCUGUUGGAUACUUGCCCUUUACAAUAAAUACCACUGCAAUGAGAGAGAACUUCAAUGAAAAGCUUGUGGAAAUAUUUCGUAAUUACAGUAGUAUUAUUGUUGGUCAAUUCUUUGGCCAUACUCACAGAGACAGCAUAAUGGUUCUCCAUGAUACGAAAGGUAAUCCUGUCAAUUCCUUGUUUGUUGCACCAGCUGUAACGCCAAUCAAAGACUUUUAUGAACUUCAGACAAAUAAUCCAGGCUUUCGGCUGUACAAGUACAAUCUUGCAGACUACACUUUACUAGACAUCUGGCAGUACUACAUGAACCUCACGGAAGCCAAUGAGCAAAAAAAGGCUGACUGGAAACUGGAGUACAUCAUGACCAAAGAUUUCAACAUAAAUGACCUCCAGCCAAAAAGUCUCCAUGACCUUGUAAAAAAUUUUGAAGAACCACAAAGUCAGGAAUUUCAAAAAUAUUAUCGUAAUUUUAUUGUAAGCUAUGAUCAACAUAUUGUUUGUGAGGGGAUUUGUAAGAGAGAGCAGGUGUGUGCUAUACAGUUUUUAGACCAAGAAUCUUAUACUAAUUGUUUUAGAUAGUAUAGUUAAUCAUUUGAUGGUACAACAACUAUAUAAUCACAAGAGGAAUUUUGAAAAUAAAGCAAAUCUUUAAGGGAAGUCAAAGUAAAAUUCAAAGAAUUAAUUUAUCUUUAGUUUUUAUCCCUCAUGCACUUACGCAGGGAGUACUAAAUGGAGGAUGUGUGAAAUUGACAUCUCAAAGCAAUCAUAUUCUGUCCUGCCUUUACAGUUUUGUGCUCUCUUAGUUUGCCUGUCUCCUAAUUUAUACAUUUUAUAACUGUCUGGAUUAAUUCUCAACCAAAAACUCAAAACAAAGGUUCUGUUUCAUUAAUCUGCAGUAGUAGGAUUGUAGUAGUGUGUACAGAGUACAGUGAAAUUCUGACUUGCAUGUACUGUAUGACUAAUUUGUAACAUGUUACCACUCUCUGGUGCCAUGUUAAACAACAAUGUAUCAAAAUACUUAACUUACUAUUAUCUGAAAACUUGUGGAUAAAACUCUGAAACAAAUCUGAGCAUAGUUAGCAUCUACACAUAAGCAUUAUGCAUACAUUAAGCUGAUCUGCAGUAGGUCUUUGUAGUAGAAAAAGGAUGCAGAGAUAUAUUACAGUGUUACAAUGAGUAAAAUCUCUCUCUCUCUCUUUAUAUAUAUAUAUAUAUAUAUAUAUAUAUAUAUAUAUACACACACACCCCCACAUAAGAACUUCUGGCUUGAAAAAGAGCUGUUUCUGUCAAUCUCAGGCUUAUAGGUGGGAGUAGGAUGCGGUCAGAUCUGUUCAGUUGUACUACAGGUUUACAUUUAAAGGCAUUGACAUUCGAAUAAAGCAAGUCCAGCUGGUUGUGUCCACAACUCCAACAUGCUAACUGAAGUUUGUUCAUUCUGAUUUCCUAACAGCAUUCUAGGAUCAGAAUUAUUAAUUCAUUAGAAUAUGAGUACAGCAUGAAUAAUUUCUGUGCCUGAGUUAAUAAACAUUAUUCAGGAUAACAUAACUUAACUCCCUAAGCAGUAACAUAGACAGAUUGUCACUAUUUCAAUGACUAGAUCACAUUAUAGUUUAAAUUGUAAUGCACUCUCCUUUUCAGCAUUGCUUAUUUACUCAUUUUUGGUCCCCCUGCCUUUUGCAGUCCGUUUGACUGUAUCAAGUGAUAACCGUCCAGCAUUAAAAUACAGUCUGAAAGAAGAAGUUUAGACUAGUUAUCUGCAAUGAGCAAAUGCCACAGUUCCGAACUCAUCGUGACUCACCAUGACAUGUGAAAGUUCAUCCAACUUAUUUCAAAGUGAUACUUUCCACUUCACUUUUGUCUUUGCUCCAUAUUCUUUCCAUCUUUGGUUGAGUUGCUCCUGUGGUAAUGUGCAACAGGCAGCCUUGAUCACAGUGCUACUAGGUGAUUAUGGGAACAUUUAAUAUCUCUCGCUUUAUGUUCUCAGAGACUCUUACAUUCUCCAGUGUUAUACAGUAGGUACUCAUCAGAUUCUUUCGAUCCUCUGCUCUCCCAGUUCAUUUGAAAGAUGUUUGAUACCAUGCCAACAGAAUAUUUACCAAUUUAAAAAUUAAUUUAAGAUAAUAGAAAUAAGCCACAGUUUAAAUCUUAAUCUUAAUGUUAAUAAUAAUUAAGUAAAUUUGUUAAUAAUCACAAACGGAAAGCCCCCCUCCCCCCCCCAAAAAAGAGCUCCUGUAAAUGGCAUUUUGUCAUUUACAUUAAUGUAGUCAAUGAAAGUUCUUGCUUCAACAUGUUCUUAUUAACCGUAGGAAUUUAAACAUUACAACCUUACUAAACUCUCCAGCAUACUAUGACGCUACAGUGUAAAGACAGAUUUUUGUGUAAUUUUUACUUUUAAAUGUUGGAAAAUUUCAAUUAUUGUAUUGUUCACACAUUUUCUAAACUAAAUAACUCAUUUAAAAUGCUCUUCUCUAGCUAGUUUCCCUCACACCACAUUUUUUUGGAGAAUGUCUAGCUUUAUUUUACAUGCAUUCAAAGUUGUGCCAUAUUUCUGUAAUGUUUUGUAAUGGGCCUUAUUGUGCACUGAGAGAUAUUCAGUAUUUUCAAAAUAUUUCAUACUCAUCUCCUGAGAGGUUCUUUUAAAGAAACAUAAUAGUAGUAACUUGUACAAAAAAUGCAUUCUAUGGUGUUUCACAACUAAUAAAACAAUGAUUCAACAAUUAAACCCAAGUUAUAAUAGAAAAGGUAACAAACAUAAAAGAUUUAGUAAAUAUACAAAUUUUAAAUAGACUAUAUAAGAAAACAAUUGACAAUGUAGAAAACACAAAUGUUUUGAACUCAAAGUAAAUUUUCACUUACCAUUCAUCCAUCUGUCCAUUAUCUUUACUCUUUGCCAGUAAGUCAGGGUGUCACGAUUCCAGAGCCUGUCCAAGCAGCAUUGUGUCCAAAGCCGGAGUUAAUCUUGGGCGAGGGCACUUGAAAAUGUUAGUAACAUUCUCCCCAGAUUUGGUUUGAACUUCCUUUUGUCUUAAUGAUGCACUUAUUGAUGAAUUAAUUGCUGGACAUUUAGGGGAUUUAUCACUUGCUAAUACAUUUAAACUGAGCUCAUGGAAUAAAAGUAUGCAAUGUCUAAAGAUAACUGGCACCAUCUAAAGGAUCUGAUUACUUCACAGUCAUUUCUGGUUUUAUAUUGAUAAUUCAUUAGUUAUUUUUUCUUUGACAUUGUCGAUUAUUUUUUCUACUGGGCAGAGACAAUAAAAUCACAAUUAAUUUUAGAUUCUAUAUUGUAAGACUGUAAAAUGUGAAAAAAAGAAUAUUUCAGAUUUGUAACAUCUUAAAAAUUAUAGUUUGACUGCCUGGGUUUAAAUGCUGUUAUUAUCUCAGGUACUGUAAAUUGUAGGAUUUCCUGAACACAUUAGUUAUAUAAUUAGGUCUGUCAUUAAUGGAUUUACUUCCUGCUCAGCAUUAAAAGCAGACUUUUCAAAUCUGCAAAAUCUGCAGUCAAUGGCUGUGCAGUAUUUGAGAAACAUAUAUAUUUUUAUUCCUGGAAUUCUUUUAGUAAAUGAAUUUAUUAUUAAAUCUGAUUUUUAUUUGUGGUUUAAAGGUGUUGAAAAUUUAAUAAAAUAAUGUGAAUGAUUAUUAUUAUUAUUUUUUUUUGAUUGUUAAAGAAACAAACUGCCAUGCCAUGUAAAACCAAAUGCUAAAAGAAGAUGUAUUGAAAAUCCCAUAAUGAAAUAUGAUAUACAUAAUUAAAUUACUCAGCUUAUCUGAAA